AUGAAAAAACUCAGUAAAUUGACCAGCCUCAGCCAAGGGUUGCAGGCCGAAAAAGCUUCUCGAACUGACCUGGAGAUGUAUGUGGCCGUACUAAACACCCAGAAGGCUGUGAUGCAAGAAGAUGUAGAACAUGUGAAACUAGAGUCAAAAGACAUAUUGCUGCAACUUGAACGUGAAAAAAAAGAACAUGCUGCUCUCAAGAAAACCUGGCAGAUGGCUAAUGAUCAGUUUCUGGAGGCUCAGCGAUUGCAGAUGCUGGACAUGCGACGCAUGCAGAGUGUCCUCACCACAGAGCAGCUGAGACAAAUCAGUGAGCUGCAGAAGAAGGAUGAAGAAAGACUGGAACAAGAACGGCGUAUUGUAAAGCUACAGCAGUUAAAGGAAGAACUUGACAGGAAACAGUCUGAAAGAGAAGUCCUAACCUCCAGUCCUCGUCUAUCGACAUCUAGGGAUUUUUUUAGAAUGUUAUCACCAUUACCACAUCAAAGAUUGAAAUCCACAGAUAGUGCUUCAAGUGAACAAAUCAGCUCAUCGUUUUCGUAUCAACAGAGAGCUAGAAGUACCCCUGAAAAUCUUAGCCUUGCCGGACUUGAUGCGUCACAAGAAAGGCAUGGUUCGGGAGGGAGUAGAAAAAGACGUCUGUCAAAUCUCCGCAAGUCCAUAUCUAGUUCUGCACUUGAUGAAAGAGAAGAAAAGGAAUGUACAGAUGAAUCACCCGAAACUUUAUCACUGGUGACUUUGGAAGACCUGUCCUCUAGUCCUUGGAGUCCUAAGAAAAUCUCUAGUCUAGCUCAUGAACACGUCAAAGGACUGUCAGCUUCCAGAUCUCUGCUGAAUGGUAUAAAGACUGAUAAUGACAGUGUGUCCCUGGUUGGAAAAAGACUUGUUACUGAAAAAGAGUGGCAGUCACUGGAGGAGGAGGUUAAGCGUGCACGGGAAAAAAUUGGACAGCCUUGUGCAAUGUGCUCAAACUAUGAGGUUCGACUCCAGCAAGCUCAGCAGUCGGAAGUAAGUCAACGGCAACAGGUGACGGGCUUGCAACAAGUAAUUGCCAAGUAUAAAGAAGACCUUCAGAGGGAACAGAAAUUCCGCCAUGAGCUUGAGCAGAAGUUCAAUAAAUAUGCUGAAGAUUACAAAAAAGAGGUUAGUGAGCUAUUUAGCAAGUUUGAAGAGGCAGAAAGGUUGUCUUUGGAUCUUAAAGCAAGUUACACGGCGUGCUACAACGAUGUAUACGAUCAGUUGAAAAGGCUAAAAAGUGAAAAAGAAAAGAUGAAGGCCUCUCUUACAAGGUUGCAGACUGAAAACAGCUCCUUAAUGGCAAAGCAUAUUGCUCGUGCUCAGCAGAUACAGAGUGAAGUUAUAAACCUUCCUAACACGGCUGAGGAAAUGCAGUUUUUGUAUUUGAAACUACGAGAAGACUUAAUAACAGCCCAGGUGGCCAAAGAACAAACGGAAGAAUCCCUCAAAAGUGAAAUUCUCUUCUUGCGAGAUCAGCUCAUGGGAGAACAGAAUGCUAAAGAAACAUUAGAGGACACACUUACGCAGGAAAUUGACCAUCUGCGAGAACAACUUGGUAUCUUUGAGAGCAUCAAGACUGAAUUUGAGAUUGAAAAAUCUAAACGAACAGAAGUGGAACAAAAACUUAAACAUUUCCAGUCCCACAUGAACCAGGCUCAUGGAGAAGGGCAGAAACACAUCAAUGAGCUAAAGAAAACGAUAGAAGAAUCUGGAGCCACUAAUCUUAUGCUUGAAGAAGAAGUCCAGCAGCUGAAGUCCAAAGUCCAGAGCCUACAGACAGAAUUAGAUAAUAGUGAAGCUGUUCAAAAAGACUUUGUAAAACUAUCACAGUCCUUGCAGAUGGAGCUAGAAAAGAUCCGACAGUCGGACAAUGAGGUGAGGUGGCAACACGAGGACGACAUCAAUGCUUGCAAUUCAUGUAAAAAACUACUUCACUCCAAAAAGGAAAAGCAUCACUGUAAUCACUGUGGAAAGAUUUUUUGUGCUGAAUGCAACUCCAAAAUAGUGUACAGUGGACCCAAACAACGGCCAUUUAAAGUGUGCAGCGUAUGCCACACGUUACUGGAUCACGAGACGGCCCCAUAUUUUAGUAGCAGACUACCACAAACACCUAGUUAAAAUCCUGUAGUCUUCAAACUGCGUCAUCUCACACCGAAAAUCACAAGUAUGGGAAAAUCUUGAAAAUGUCUUUUUGGAAGAGAACUGUCUGGAAAAUGUAAUGUAUGGGAAAAUUGAAGGUAAUGUUCAAAUGGAGACAUAUCAUUGUAGAAGGUUUAGAUAAUUCCUUUUGAGGAUUUAAAAGAGAUCCCCUCUCCGUUCCCCUUUAAACCAUUAGAAGUGAAAAUAAUGCUGAUUUUGUUAUUUUAUAGUGUGAAAGAAUGACACACUGUGUGACGUUACUUUUAAACAAAAACAAUUCACUUUUUCUCGAGAAGCAAGUUUUCUCUGCCAUCUGUUCUGUGCAAUGGGAAGUGUGCAUUGAAUGUUCUAGUGUGAAGAUGUCUGCAGGACAGACUACUGAAUUAUCGUCUGCCAGACAGAGUGUAUAGAUAAUAUCUGUUUGAUGGAACACUAAAGUCAAUAGUUUUGUGCAAGAAUAUAAAAGUUUGAUUGGUAGCUGUUAUAUAGCGGGAGUUGUGCUUUGUUUUAAAAAAUAAAAGAAAGGCUAUGUCCAGCAAGAAGAAAAGGUUUCCAGAAACAGACAAGAACAAAUCCAAUUUGAGCAGCUCUCUGGCAAAUUAACUAAAACAGUGGUCUCGUUUGAACGUUGUGAGCUCUUUAAUAGCAAUUUCAUGCUAUACAUUGUAGCUAGAAACCAUUGAACCUGUACUGUUUGUGAUACAGUAUGUUUACACUUAGAUUAAGUCUUUGAAAAGAAAAAAAAAAAGUUUCUUACGCUAAGAACGUGAUUACAACUUAUUAAAACUUUUUUGUUUUCCACAAUAUUAACCAGGAAUUGAUUUGUCUCACAAAUAGAUAUACAGUGGUGUGGUUGGUUAUAUUACAGCAUUACUUGUGACUACAGUAUUAGCAGUAAUGGUUUGUGUUUUAACUGUUUUGUUCUAAACUUGUAUAAUAUUUCCACUAAUAGUGCUUCAGUCAAAUAGUCUCGGUUGGCAUAGACCUGAUAAAACACUAAUUAUAAUUUCCUAAAGAUCUUCCGGAACCCAACUGUAAGAAUCACACAUUUUAUCUACAUGUUUAUAUAAUCUUGUUCAGGAUAAAAAUAUCUUAGUAAUUAGAACCCUUUUUUUUUAAUAUUAUGCAAAAAAUUUUUCACUUUUUUUUUUUCCUUUGGAGUCUUUCUACCGGACAUUUGCUGGUUGUAAUUGUAUUAUAUGCUCUCUUUUGAAGUAACCUUAAUAUGGUCAUUAAUUUAUGAAUGUCACUAGUCACCAAAUUAGCUAAUAACUUUAAACUAUAUAUUUAUCAGUUGGUGUCAAGCUUCCUGAUAUAAUGGAUACUCAUUGUAUAAAAGUUACCAGCACAAAAUUGAAGGCCAUUUUUUGUAACUCUUCAAAGUUCUUAGUUUUUAUCACCAACCUCUGUCACUAACAGCUACAUGAAAUUAACCUUUCGACGGUCACCAUUGGCAUACAGUAUUUGAAGAUUACUCAGUUGCUUAAGCUAUAUCAAAGUGACUUUUCAUUAAACCUACUGUUAGUAACUACUUAAAGGUCAGAAAAAAUGAAUUGUAACUAUUUGAUGAAGGUGGUCUUUGGAAAACCUAUUAAUUAGCCAUAAGAUUGAGUUGUUCUUUUCAGGGCAAUUUAAUGUCUUUAUUGAAGCGAAUUUUCAUCAUUAAAUUGAAUAGUAAACCUU